UCUGCUGGUUUGUGAUGACACACAUCAGCAGCACCAGCUUCUUCCAGAAGUUUCCUCGCACGGUUUUUAUCGCGGCGGCUACACGCGGACACUCCUGCACGAAGACGGCAUUUUUAUGUUGAGUUUAGUGACUUUGAUGUCCGUGUCUCGGUGAAGAGUGGAAAGUUAUAUCCGAACUGUGUCAAGUGAGGGAAGCUAACCUUGACCGUUAGCUAGCCAGCUAUCGUCAGCAGCAGUGACAGCUGAGGCAGCGGCGGCGGUGGUGGAGCCCGUUAACCUGGCCCACAUACAGGACAUGCUGGAUGUGUUGUUGACACUUAUCAGAAACUGAAGCGUCUGCACUGACGAUGUUUGUUUGAAGUGGAAGAAGAAGAAGUAGUGACCGGUUAUUGUCAUGGGUAAAGAUUACUACAAAGUGCUGGGAAUCGCCAAAGGUGCCUCCGAAGAUGAGAUAAAAAAGGCGUACAGAAAACAGGCCCUGCGUUAUCAUCCCGACAAGAACAAGUCCCCCGGAGCUGAAGAUAAAUUCAAGGAGAUCGCUGAAGCCUAUGAUGUCCUCAGUGAUGCCAAGAAAAAGGACAUUUAUGAUCGCUUUGGAGAAGAAGGGUUAAAGGGUCCAGCAGGCGGUGGAGGUGGAGGACACAGCGGCCAGAGCUACAACUACACCUUCCAUGGAGACCCUCAUGCAAUGUUUGCCGAGUUCUUCGGCGGCCGCAGCCCUUUUGAUCACUUCUUCAACCAAAACGGGGAGGAUGACAUGGACAUCAAUGAUCCCUUCGCGCCAUUUGGCAUGGGAAGAAUGGGUGGCAUGGGCGGGUUUCACAGGUCCUUCAAAUCCCACCAUGGAGGCCCGCACAGAGCGCACGAGAAGAAGAAGGACCCGCCCGUGAUGCACGAGCUGAAGGUGAGCCUCGAGGAGGUCUUCUCCGGCUGCACUAAAAAGAUGAAGAUCUCCCGCAAGAGACUGAACCCGGACGGGUGCACCAUGCGCAACGAAGACAAGAUUUUAACAGUCGACAUCAAGCGGGGCUGGAAGGAGGGGACGAAAAUCACCUUUCCCAAGGAGGGAGAUGAAACUCCCAGCAACAUUCCUGCAGACGUGGUGUUUGUUGUUAAAGAUAAACCGCACCCGGUGUUCAGAAGAGAGGGCUCAGAUAUAAUCUAUCCUGCAAAAAUAUCACUGAGAGAAGCACUGUGUGGAUGCACAGUCAACGCCCCGACACUAGACGGCCGGACCAUCACUGUAACCUCGAGAGACAUUGUCAAACCCGGAAUGAAAAAGCGAAUCGCUGGAGAAGGGCUCCCUCUAUCCAAGUGCCCCGAGAAGAGGGGCGACAUGAUCCUGGACUUCUCAGUAAAGUUCCCUGACAAACUUGGCCAAAGCACAAGAGAUGCACUCAAGCAGAUCCUGCCGCCAUGACUUGAAACGACACAAGUGGUCCCUGAAAAUCUAACACAUUAACAUUUCCAGCCACACACUCUCCUGCGCAUUUCAGCCUGGACGUAUGAGGCUCAGGGCAGAUUUGGUUCCAGCUGAGUUCUAAAUUUUACCCUCUGAAUACCAAAUCCAUAUUCUUACCCAGCAUCUAGUCAGUUUAACGGAAGGAGACAGAACAGCUGACUAAAUGUUCCGUGUGCGCGUUUAGCUAAGGUUGAUAAACAGUGUUACGUUACAGUCUGCUUCAAGGAGGAAAAGCAAGAAGUGGAAAGUAUAUAGUGUGUAUACUGUAGAUAAUAUAAGGUGUCAGGUAAUAGGUUUUGGUUUGGUUGCAAAAAUGAGAACCAGAGUGUUUUUAAGUUCACUUAAAACAUAAUUUAGUAGCUGAGGAUUUGUUUUCGCAGCAGCAGCAGCAGCAGUGUUUGGGAGCACUCUAAGGCAGCACACAGCCAGCUCAUUAACAAUACCUCAGGUGCAGUGACGCAUGCUUUCAUGUAGCUUUACCUACAUUACUCAACAGGACGUGACUUUUGUUUGAGGCUUAAAUACAGUGUGGAUCCCGAGAGGUGAAAACACUUGCUAUCAGCACCACUACAGACUUCAUGAAGGAGAUCAGUAUCGGCCAGAUGUAACAGAUCUGCGUUAAACACACCGUCUGUGUCUAUGUCAGUGUUUCAGUUGUCUCCACUCACAGUCACAGCAGGCUGCCAACUGUUAGAGCCGUACCCUCAGAAGAAGAAUAUAAUUAAAAUAUGCACAAGCCUUAAAAUAGUAAUGAUGUGCGGAUGUCUCUGGUUAUAAUUAAGAAGAGAUAUUAAGUUACAGUUACGUAACUAUGACUUCCAGAUUUUAAAUUUAGGAAAGAGAGAGAGCACCGAUUGGUACUUUAUGUCCUCGCAUAUCUGGGUUUAGGUUUCAAAUUGCGAUCAGGAGAGAAAAUGUUUACUUUUACAACACCUUGUUUAUCAGACACGACGCAGUUUAUCAUGUAAAAUAUCUGUGGGAAGACUUUUUGUGCCAAAUAAUUGUCCAUAUGUAGUUAUAAUAUAUAUGUGUGUGUGUGUGUGUGUGUGUGUGUGUGUGUGUGUGUGUCUACAGGUAUGUUGAGAGCAUGUGUGUAUCCUGUCAUGUGUGAACAAACUACCAAAAGCUAUUUACUGCAUUCGUACCAUUUGAGGAUGUUUAACGUACAGUAUGUCUAUUUUAGUUCCUUAUUACUUUUAUUUUUAAGGCUCUUAAAGCCGGUGAGUGUAUUUCUUUUAUUACCCAACAUGCAUCAGUCUGGUCCCGGCUAAAUAUUGCAGAUUGAGAUGUUAACAUAAGUUUAAACCCCCGACUCGAAGGCCUGCAGAAUAUAUUGUUUUAUUGUUUUGUCUUACAGCUCGUACCUGAGAGCACUCGCUCCAAGAUGCACAGCAUCUGGAAAUAUGUGUCAUAUUCAGCCCUGUGCACCUUGGACUGAAGUUAGUAGAUAAGUUAGUUCAUUUUCACAUUUUAUUUUGUCAUUAUUUUGGUGUUUACUGCUCCUGCCGGAGUUUUAAGUUAAAACAUGUAGUUAAACAUGAAUGUAGAGAUGUUUAAUCUCUGUAAUGUGUUAACUUUUUUGUUUUAAAAAAGGAUUCUUGUUUAUUUUUGUUAAACAUUUUCCUUUUUAAGGGAAAAAGUGUAAGCAUUAUUUUGUUUUACCUCCUGUUUAUGUUUUGAAAUUCCUCAGGUUGGGAUUCAAGAUGUUUUGACUUUUUGACUAGGGUUAGUUUUAGGGUUAACCUUUGUCGUCUGGACAACGUGAUGGACGUUUUUAAUAUUUUCUUACCAUGCUGUGAUGAUUUGCAUUUACACAUGAAAGAGACUGGCAAAUAUCUAAUCAAUUAUGGCCUGUUUGUUUUUAGUUAUUGAGGACAUUUUAGCAAUUAAAGCAUUGCAAGCAAA